GACCCGCCGAGGGCGUCCCUUCGCCGAGUCGGAUGAAGCGCAGCAGCCUGAACUUCUUGAGAGGGACGGCGGCGGGAUCCGCCGGCGCCGCCACCGGCGCUGUCGGCGCGGCGAUCCCGAAGUCUCCUUCGGGGUGGCUGGGACCGGCGGCGCCAGGAGUUUCGGGGAGGUGGCGGAGAAGCUUGAGCGGCGAAGACGCGGAAUCUGCGAAGGUUGUUCCGUUCGUUCGUGUGGCGGGGACCGGCGGCGUGAGUUGCGGCGAGCCUGCGAUGGUUGUUCCGUUCGUGCGAAAGGAGGAGAAGCCGCAGGGGUCACCGCAGCAGCAGCCGUCGCAAGAGCCAUCAUCCCAACCGUCUCACACGCGAAGCCGCAGUGGUAGUGGUAGCAGCGGAGGGCAGCGCGCGGCAGGGCAGGAGAUUUUAUUUCGAGUCGACCUGCUCCGUGCGCCAGCGGGGCCGGCAGCACUGGCUGGCGAAACGAAACCCAGUGGCGAAACGGGUGGCGAAGAAUCUCGAGGGCAGACUCAAGCCGCGUCGUAUCACGAGACGCUGGAUUUAGAAUUGGUGGAUUACUUUGGCGACGUUGCGCAGUCAUGGAACGUGGGCCGCGGCUGCUGCACCUCGGUCAAAGUUCCGUUGGAGGAGGCGGCGGAAAUGGGAGAAGGGGGGUGUGAGAAUCUAGCGGAGGGAAUGGACGGGGAGGGUCAAAUGGAAUCAUGGCGCAUGUGCAGUUUAAGUAGCGGCGUGGGGGUUUUGGAAGGAGAUGCUCUGACAUGCACACAACCAGAUGCCAGGAAGGAAAGUGAGGAGGAAACGGAGGAAGGUAGGAGCAUGAGGGUCAGCAACAGCAGAGUUACCAAUGUUGUCUGCUUGUGA